AUGUUUAUGGUCUUUAGCACAGCUUCAGUCAUUGCCUACAUCCUGGUGCUUGGGAGACGAAACCGUGAGCGGAAACAAUCGGGGGACGCAGAGGCUGGCACCGCCGCGGCUGCUGACACUCGCCUUGGUAACCGCUCGUCUUCCUCCGCUCCAACGUCGUCCAAGAAAGGGCCAGACGACCUCGCACGACCCAAGGCAUCAACACCCCGAGCCAUCAAUGAAAUAGCAGUGCCCAGCGCUGUGAACGAUACGGAAAUCGGAGACGACAACCAUGACUUCGCCAGCUCCUCGGGGAGCGGCACAGAUUGGGACUCGAAGGAGACUACAUGGUCCAAAGCGUCUUCCGUCUCAUCUCGUUCAACCAGCAACGUCAAUCGCACCAUGGUAACGGAGGAGCUCGAAACAUGCAAGCAACAAGCAGUCGACAAUCUAAUGACCGAGUUCAAGGCGCUUCUGAGCCACGGCCUGUAUGUCGGGCUAAGUAUCCGCGCAGGCGGGCGUGGCGUCUCGGUCAGCCCCCGCCGCGUUGCCAAGUUUGGCCUGUCGCCAUCAUCGUCUUCUCCAGGCGACACGGUGGAAUGGCCAGACGGAAUCCCUCGAGGCCAAUCGUACAUCGGAGCAGGCACCCAGACGACAGAUGGCCAGAGACGAUCCCGUGCUCUCCCACAGGCCAGCUUAGAAGAGGAACAGCGGAGAUUUGCGUGUCCAUUCUAUCAGCGCAACCCCAGGAGGCACACCAAUCAUAGGUCGUGCCGAGGGCCAGGGUGGGCCAACGUGUAUCGCAUCAAAGAGCACAUCUACCGGACCCAUACCUUGCCCAUCCACUGCAGCCGCUGCGGGAUGAUCAUGAAAUCCGACUCGCAGCUAUGGGAGCACCAGAGACAGGCUGAAGGCUGCCAAGUCCGUCUCGUGGACCUUCCAGAGGGCAUAAACACCGAACAAGAGAAACAGCUGCGGAAGAAGAAGCAGAGAGAGACCGAGGAAGACCGGUGGCUAGAGAUGUACCGCAUUCUCUUCCCAGACGAAGACGGCGAUCUUGUUCCUUCGCCUUACUACGACGACUGCGGCUCGGGCCGCGACGGGGAGCGCAUAGACGAGCUGCGGCAGUACGAGCGGUUCCAGCGACGGGAGCUGCUCCGCAUCGUGCGGCGGCUGCUGCAGCAGGAGAACGUGUUUGACCUGGAGGGGCCCUUCGAGAGCCAGCUCAGGGCCAGAUUCGAAAAAAUUGUGCGCCAGGCGCAGCGCGAAGUAUUCAGCCUGUACAGGUCGGGCGCCGGUCCUUGCACGGACAACAACGGCAGCAACAUCUCCGUCAAUGCUCCCACCCCGGAAAACCAGGAGCUGGUGCCCUCCGGUACGCCCUACGAAUGCGAUCCGUCAGGCCUGCCCUACCAACACGGCCCAGUAGGGUUGCCACCAUACAGCCCUGGACAAGAGGCUGGACCGAGCGUCGGCGGCGCCGGCUUCACGUUCGACAACAACACCUGGUUACUAUCUACCUAUGGCCACCCCCGCCACGAUGAUCCCUUUGUUCAGUCCGAUAACAGCCACUACACCUCUAAUCUCCACGGACAUGCGCCGGCCGACGGGUCGGCUCAUCACAUGACAGGGUACCAUCUUGAAGUGCCACCGACAUCGCCGUCGCGGCCACCGGUGCUCUACGGCAUGCCAUUCAAUCAUCCGGACAACGUCUGCAGGGGGCCCAACGCCCAGCAGGAUAAGGGGGCUCCGUCAGGCUAG